UGCCGUGGAGGCAGCACAGCCUGGAGCUCGGAGCGGCCGCUGCUGCAGUCUCCACCCCGGAUACCGCACUCAUUCUCCACGUAUAUAAAGGUAACUAGACUGUCAGGCCGGCCCAGGGCUGCUCACUUUUCUCGUUGAUGGUAAGGCUGUGUGAGAGAAGAAUGAAGGUACUCGUCGCCGUCACAGUCAUUGUGGGGUCGUUGAUUUUCCUCGCUUUCCCCAAUGGAUCCGCCGCUGACGAGAAGAAGAAAGGCCCCAAAGUGACUGCGAAGGUAUUCUUUGACAUACGAAUUGGAGGUGAAGAUGUCGGGAGAGUCGUCAUUGGCGUGUUUGGAAAGACUGUUCCCAAAACAGUCGACAACUUUGUGGCUCUGGCAACAGGAGAGAAAGGAUUCGGCUACAAAGGCAGCAAGUUCCACAGAGUCAUCAAGGACUUCAUGAUCCAGGGUGGAGACUUCACCAGGGGAGAUGGCACUGGAGGCAAGAGCAUCUAUGGAGACCGCUUCCCCGACGAGAACUUCAAGCUGAAGCACUAUGGCCCUGGCUGGCUCAGCAUGGCAAACGCCGGCAAAGACACAAACGGCUCUCAGUUCUUCAUCACCACCGCUGUUACCUCAUGGCUGGACGGCAGGCACGUCGUCUUUGGGAAAGUUUUGGAGGGCAUGGAUGUGGUGAGGAAGAUUGAGAGCUCAGUGACAGAUGCACGAGACAAACCCGUCAAAGACGUUGUCAUCUACGACUGUGGCAAACAAGAGGUGGAAAAGCCGUUCGCAGUGGCCAAGGAGUAAGAGUGCUGCUGAAACAAAACAAGACUGGGGAGUGGGGUUGGGGGAGGGGAUCGUGCAGGCCACCUUGAUUUACCGCGAGCAGCCCCGUGUGGCCCUGGAGGAACGAGCUGUGGGUCAUGUGGCGUCGAUGACUGCCGUCUUAAAGCACCAGAUGAGCAUUAAUGCCAAGCAAUCAUGACGACACUCUGGGUCCAUUUACCAACAAGCAUUCCAAGGUGCACUUACUGUCCGUUGUUUUUGUAAAAAAGGAAAUCUUAAAUAAAGGUUUCACAUUUUCUUAAA